UGCGUAAAAAGUACAAGCGUAUCAGUAUACCACAUAUAGAAGCACUGUGUGUUUUAACGCACAUGCAGUAGACGUUUGUUUUGCGAAGUCCGUCACAAUGAGUGCAUUCCACGAGGAAGUGAACAUUGAAGACAUGGAGUACGAUCCUGAGCUGAAGACGUACUUCUACCCUUGCCCCUGCGGAGAUCAGUUUGAGAUCACUUUAGAAGAGGUGAUUGAUGGUGAGGAGGCUGCGUACUGCCCCAGCUGCUCGCUUGUGCUACGCGUGAUAGUGGACGAUGGCUUUGACUUUCCAGAGGACGAAGAACCACAGGAAACCCUGCAACAGCCAAUUGCGUGCUAAGUUAUAAACAACAUUUCAGUCACCCGUAACAUACAAAUACAACAUCCACUAGUAGUCCGCACAUCAACCAGUAGUCCCAGUGCCGUGACGUGAUACUCUUAUUUACUGCGGUUAUAGUUCGUAGUGCGGAAGCGAUCUUUGGUGUAUAUACAUGCAAGUGUCUUAUCAGAAGGAGAAUGUCUCUGUGCUUCCGCUUCUAAUCGCUAAGUAUGAAGGCCUGGUACGAGUGACCAUAGGAUUACGGAGUACCCUCAAAUAUAAUGCCUCUGCGUAUUUAGGCUAUUCCAUCGACUUAGUUCAAAGCUCCUAACAUCUUUGCCACCGCGUGCAGCGAGAGUUGUACCAAUACGUCUCUGGUAUUUAAGCUAUGCUCAUGGACCCCUUGCC